UAACAUGGCGGGUGCCCGUGUUUCGGUACAGUCACCACUAGACCCGACAUCACUCAAGCAUCAUGAACUCACUUGGCGUGAUACUCGCCUUUGCCCUCGCGGCAGUGGCCGUAGCCGAACCUCCUUCAGGCUACAGCUACAGCAGACCUAGCGGAGGCGGCGGAAGCAGCUACAGCCUCGGCGGAGGUGGCGGUUUUGGAGGCGGUGGCGGUGGUGGAGGCGGUGGCUACACAGCAGUCUCCUCCGGCUACCAGACCUCCGAAGGAGCUUCCGUGGACCCCGCUCUGUUGGAACAAGUCCGCCAGAUCCUCCUGAAAGAAGAACAGAGCUCUGCUUCUUCAUCUGCCAGCUCUUUCGGAUCUGGCGGACUCAGCUCCUCCUACGGAGCUCCCUCAUCCCAAUACGGAGCCCCCUCCCCACAAUACGGAGCUCCCAGCCUGCAAUACAGAGUUGUGGGUAUCGAUUUGGAAGGAAUCAAACAAGCCAUCCAGGUCGCUCAGUACAACCAGGUGUCCUACGCUCCUGGAUUCACUGGGUACCCCAGGGGACCUAGCUCCUCCUACAGCGCUCCUUCUGAUAGCUACGGGGCUCCUCACUAAAGUUAACAACGGGCGAAGAAGAACUGAAUAAGUGUAACUAAUGUCACAUUCCAUCUCAAACAACAACACGAACAAGAACAACACCACGGGUCAUGAUGCAUCUCAACGACUGUCAACAACAACAUCGAGUGAUCGUAACAACAUCAAACACAUUGUUUUUUUGUAUAAAGUUUUUUUUAUAGUUUAUGUUUUUUAAAAAAAUACAUUUGUCACCGUAA